AUGGGACAGCCCAUGCAGAACAUCCCCAGCUACGGCAGACGGGAAAUCGUCACCCUCCCCAAUAAAUCACAUCACGUCAUACAGGAGCCUGAUAUGAAAAAAGAAGCCUCAUUUAAUCAAAAUGUGUUCAACCUGUCUCUUGCGCUGUCGAAAAGCCGCAUAAAUGAUGCGACAGAGUUGCGCUGCAUGGUCUUGGGCCUGGAUGGCUCUGUCAAAGAAUCUGACAUUCGAGGAACUAGGGAUGGUCUUGCUAAAGAGUGGGGAUUAGAUGGCCGCGAUCUGCGCAACGUGGAUCUUGUCUCGGAGGGAAUCCCGCAUUUGUUGGUCCGUCCUUCGGUCAUCUUUAUCAGCAUGUUCACUUUACGGCUCCUGGUCCGCGCACAUGGAGUGCUUCUUUUCCUUCUCCCAAUCGAGGACUGCCACGUGAAGGUGCAGGACGUCUUUAUGACGGACCUCCAGAGAAGGCUCCAUCCCGGUUCUGGCUCCGGUCUCUUAGCCAAACUCCCUUUUGAGCUACGGGUAGUGGAUGCAGCGCUUGCCUCUGUGAUCGCGACUCUUGAAGCCGAGCAUGUUCUCAUCCGCCGAGAAGUCGAGGACAGCUUGCAGGAUUCAACGAGGGAAGAUGUCGUUUACGCUGUUCUCCGCGACUUGCAGGAUCACCGGAAAAGGCUUGUGGCCAUCCAGCAGCGUGCCAGCCAGUUCCGCUCGGCGCUACGGGAAAUCCUUGAAAAUGAUGAAGACAUGGCGACCAUGUUCUUGACGGAUCGGCAGGCAGGUCGACCACAUGAGGUAGAGGAUCACCUAGAAGUGGAAUAUCUCCUCGAGGCAUAUUACAAGAACACAGACGCGAUCGCGGAGUCUGCCAAUGCUUUACUGGGUGACUUGGAGCGCACAGUAGAGACCAUUCACUCGAUCUUGGAUGUGCGACGAAAUCAGAUCAUGGUUUUCGAGGCUCAACUGGAGAUCUGUAUGUUGGGAUUCGCCGUGCCAACGUUUGUGGCGGGCCUGUUUGGGAUGAACGUGUCGAACUUCUUUGAAGAGAGUACUUCCGCGUUUGUAGUCCUUGUUGCAGUAUGUGUGAUGGGAACAGUCACCAUCGCGAAGUAUGGCCUGUGGAAACUCGACAAAUUCCGGAAACUGCGGUUUUAA